GUACUACUUAGUAGUAAAUGGUGCGGGGGAAGUCCGACCCUGGACAAUCACAGCACCUCCCCAUCCGACAUCCGAUAGACUUGCGGGGAAAUCGGAUAUCCUCCAGUGCGCUUUCCGACGGACGAUCAUCCGGUUUCUCUGGGUCAUUCCGAUGGAAGCUAGGGGCCAUCUGCAACCUUAAACCCAAUGUGUGUGGCCAACAGCAAUAGUAGUUCCGCCAUAUAUGCGGGGUCUCAGCAGCAAAGACCGUCCGGAAGGCGAGGAUUUCCAAUCAUAUCGGCUCUGAUAUAAAUAAAAGAAUGUUGCAUUUGCGCCUUUUUUGCUACUUUUGAAAUCUUAUCCUAGUUUACAAUCUACUUCUAUUGUCUCGUUCUAGCGCGCGCGUGCUCUUGAAUCUAUCUCCGUCUAAACCAGACAUAGUACAAUCUCAAGUACUACUGCUGGCAAGAGAGCAUUUUCAGCAAUAACUGCCGUGUGCACAAGCAAAUACAAAAAGAUCAAGUCAACAUGCCCACCCACCGCUUCGAUCCCGAUUUCACCGACAAUGUCAUUCAUGCCAUGGGCCCUAAGACCUCUCCCAGGUUCCGCCAGCUUAUGACCGGCCUAAUCCGCCAUGUGCAUGACUUUGCGCGCGAGAAUGAAGUCACCGUCGAAGAAUGGAUGGCCGGCGUUCAGUUGAUGAACUGGGCUGGUCAGAUGAGCAACGACAAGCGGAAUGAGGGACAGUUAGUUUGCGAUGUGAUCGGGUUGGAAUCCCUUGUCGACGAGAUCACAUUCAAACUCGCAGAUGAAGCCGAAGACACACCCACCGCAACCGCCAUCCUAGGCCCGUUUUUCCGCGCCGACACUCCAUAUCGUAAGAAUGGCGAUAACAUCGUCAAGGGCGUGCCGGACGGUGAAAUGGUCUUCAUGCAUGGUCAGGUCAUAGAUUUCACCACCAAGAAGCCACUGGUCGGCGCCACAGUGGAAGUGUGGCAGGCGGCGACAAACGGGCUAUAUGAGCAGCAGGACCCGAACCAGGAGGAGUUCAACCUUCGAGGAAAAUUCAAGACCGAUGAGGAGGGGCGGUAUUAUUUUUAUUGUUUGAGGCCCACGCCGUAUCCUGUUCCCGAUGAUGGACCGGCAGGGAAACUGCUUAAGCUUAUGGAUAGACACCCGUACAGACCGGCCCAUAUCCAUAUUAUUGCCACCAUCGACGGCUACAAACCUCUCACGACACAGAUCUUCGACAGCAAAGACAAGUACCUAACCAAUGACUCUGUCUUUGCCGUCAAGGACUCGCUUAUUGUGGACUUUGUACCUCGUGAGGAUGAUCCUCAAGCUGGCCUUGAGCUGAACUACAAUGUGAAACUGGUACCGCAGCAGUCCAGUAGCACUAAUGGUGUGAAUAACGCAUAAACAUCUUGCUUCCUGACGUACUUAUCUUCUGUAUAUAACUUUUCUUUCCUACUUUUUAGCAUUCUUGAUGCUUGUCUUAGUGGAUUCGUGAUAUAACCUUUGUGUGAUCUCCUACGUAGUGCAUGUAGACUGACUAUUGGAUUCUCGAUUUCCUAGAGAAUUAAGUCCUUAU